AUGUCGAUUGUAUUGUCAAGGUACCUAGGCGGUCACGAUCAACGCUUCUGGAAUCGGCACCUUCGACACAUGCUGGAGCGUAUGCUCUUCCUUGCAGGAUACUGUGAUCAGGAUGUUUCCAGCCAGCUCCGGUUUCUGGAGAGCAUUGUCACGCCACAUCUCGGAAAACGACCUCGCAGGAUUGGUCGGCACGCCCACCACAGCUUCAUGACGGACGAUGGCACUCCAAUUGAGAUGAGCUGGAGUUGGACUGAAGGCGACAUAGACACGAUGCCGGUCGUUCGGUACUCAAUCGAACCACUAGCGAUGACCCUUCCUAAGGAUGAAAAAUGGCUUAACCUGCAUGGGAGUAACGCAUUCCUGCAAGACGCAUCCGGAUGGUUCACCGCGCCCGAUAUGACCUGGUUCAAUCGGGUAAACAAUAUUCUUCUACAAUAUGACCGGUGUCCCAUUGGAUCCAAGACGGGAGAGCAUGAGUCGCAGAUCUUUUGGGCCUUCGAUUUGGAUGGCGGCCACAGACUUCUCAAGGUUUACUAUGUUCUGAACGCUCGGGCGCAAGGGCUUUCGUGCUCUAAGCUGAGCCUUGUUGAGAGGGCUGUAUCGAAGCUUUCUGUCGACGAAAGCAUGGCCACUGCACUCGAAAAUUUCUUCACAUUUAUUAGAGCUUCAGGGGCAGACACCGAAGUCGAGAUUCUCAGCUUUGACUGCAUCGAUCCAGACCGAUCCCGCAUCAAGAUCUAUUUUCGUUCGAGAAUCACGUCUUUUUCGCGAGUCAGAAGCAUUAUGUCUUGGGGGCAAAUGCAUAGCUGCACGACCAAGGGCGAUAUGGGCUCCCUGAAGGACCUUUGGCAUUCUGUCUUGGGGUUGGACUCUCAUAGGUCGCUCGAAGAUCCCCUUCAGGUGAAGAAGCACCGCACUGCUGGCAUACUCUAUUACUGCGAAUUCAAGCCUCGAACGUCAGCAAUCAAGUCGAAGGUGUACAUCCCGGUGCGACACUACGGCAUCAAUGAUCAGUUGAUCGCGUCGAGGAUGUCCCAUUUUCUCACAUCGAGAUCCAUGAGGCUACAGGAGAAAACGUACCUGGAGGCUCUACAGCAACUACAUCCACGACGUUCCCUAGAGAAAGGGUUGGGCUUACAUACGUACAUCUCAUGGGCUAUCAAUGCUGCUGGCAAGAUUAACAUCACCACGUAUCUGAAUCCGGGACUUGUCAGGAACAGGCCGGAUGUAUCGACCACUCCGCUAAGAUGGCUCUGCGUUUGA